AGCAGAGUGGCCAGGGGCAGGGCAGGGGCUCUCCAGCUGACCAGAGGGGUGACGGGUGUGAAGUCACUGUGCCUUCAGUGAGAGGCAAAUGUUUUCUUAGAGAAGUGUUGAAUAGCUAUUUCUGGCUCUUCACUGCCUGAAAGGUUUGUUUGUGCUCCAGUCAGCUGUGGUGGAAGGUGAGAGGAGUGCACAUUAAAAGGAAACUUACUACCCUCCCCCCUUUAACAUUUUGUUUGUUUCAUGGGUAUUUGUAUAUAGUUUUAUAUUUUUCUAAAAGUGUAUUUUAUAUAUAUGCAUGCUUUACCUGCAUGUCUGUACUACAAACACCCCUGGUCCCUGUAGAGGCCAAAGAGGGCAUCAGAUUCCCUGCAACUGUCGUGAACCAAAAUGUACGUGCAGGGAGUUACACCCAGGUGCUCUGGAAGAGCCCUUUCUUUCUGUAACCACUGUGGCCUCUCUCCAGCCCCAUAUGUGAAUAUGUCUGUGUGUAUACAUGUGCCACGGCAUGUGUGUAAAGGUCAGAGGACAACUUGCUGGUGUCACUUCUCUCCAUGUGGGUCUCCAGGAUUGAAUUUUAGGACAUCAGGCUGGUGCAGCAAGCAUUUUUACCCAUCAGACCCCACUGCCCACCCGUCAUCCACCCACCCAUCCACCCAUCCACCCAUCCACCCACCCAUCCACCCAUCCACCCAUCCACCCAUCCAUCCAUCCAUCCACCCACCCAUCCAUCCAUCCAUCCAUCCAUCCAUCCAUCCAUCCAUCCAUCCAUCAAACAGGUUUGGUAUAGUCUUGAAUGCUCUGAGACUUUUCAUCCUCUUGUCUCCAUUUAACCAAACGCUGGGAUUACUGGUAUAGGCCAACAAACCCAGUUUUUAAAGAUUUAUUUAUUUAUUAUAUAUGAGUACACUGUCACUGUCUUCAGACACACCAGAAGAGGACAUCAGAUCCCAUUACAGAUGGUUGUGAACUUUUCAUGUGGUUGCUGGGAUUUGAACUCAGGGCCUCUGCAAGAGCAAUCUGUGCCCCUAGCCACUGAGCCAUCUCUCCAGCCCCAACAAAUCCAGUUUUACUGGGUGAUGAGAACAGAACUAAAAAAGGUCUGGAGCCUGCUGGAUAACAAUCCUAUCAACUGAACUUCAUCCCCAUUCCUUAAAGAUACAAUUAAUACAAGAAAAUAAAAAAGUCAGGGUUUGAUGGCUCGUUACAAAAUGAUGGUUUGUACUUGUCUCCCAUGCAGGAAACCAUGGUUUUAUUUUCAAGUACCAUACAAACCAACCAUGGUGGUUCACAUGGUGGAGGCUGGAGGAUGACAAGUUCAAAGUUGUCUUAGGCUACCACUGGCAAGCAUUUUUAUCACACACAUACACACGCACACACACACGCACACACGCACACACGCACACACGCGCGCGCUACACUUUGCCAGGUGUGGUGAUGCCAGUACUCUGAUUCCAGUACUCUGAAGAUAGAGGCAGAAGGAUCUCUAAAUUUGUGGACAGUCUGAUUUACAUAGUGAGUGAAUUCCAGAGCAGCCGGGGCAACCACAGUGAAACCUUGUCUCAAAAACCAAACCAAUCCAAACAAACCCCAAGAGUGGGUCUGGAGUGUGAUGCAGAAGCACGGCGCUUGCUUAGCAAGCAUGAGGCACUGAGUUUGGUAUCCAUCAUCUGAAAACUGCGGUGGACAAGGGGCCACAUGUGGGGACACAGGGUCUAAAUCUAAAGUCCCUCACUUAGUCUUUUACGGGAAGGUUGCAGGUUUCAGGCCAUUUGAACUUCAUAGCGAGACCCUGCCUCUCAAAAGAAAAAAAAUUGACCAUAGAGGUCUAGAACACUUGGCUGCAGAGGCACCACUGUUUGUAAAUUACAUGAAGACUAGUAUAUUUUCACUACAUGUAGUAUGUAUCAAGAAGGAUUGGGGGCUGGAAAGAUGGCUCAGUGGUUAAGGGCACUGACUGUUCUUUCAGAGGUUCUGAGUUCAGUUCCCAGCAACUACAUGGUGGCUCACAACCAUCCUUAAUGGGAUCUGAUCCCCUCUUCUGGUGUGUCUGAAGAUAGCAAUAGUGUAAAAAUAAAUACAUAAAUAAAUCUUUAAAAGAAGAAUAAUUUAUUUUUCUGUUUUUGAGAUGGGGUUUCUCUUCGUAUCUCUGGCUGUCCUAGAACUUACUCUGUAGACCAGGCUGGCCUUGAAUUCAGAGAUCUGCCUGCCCCUGCCUCCCAAGUGCUAGGACUAAAGGUGUGCAUGUCACCGUUGCUUGGCUUAAAGGAAUAUUUUUAAAGUAUACUUUACUAGAGUCAAAUGGGGUAAAUACUGGAAAUACCAGCACUUGGAAACUGCAGUAGGAUCAUGAGUUUAAAGCCAGACAUAGUAACACCCUGUUUCAGGUUUCACGGAAAUAGAUGAGUGCUGGCGUUGCAAGCCUUUAGUCCCAGCACUUGGGAGGCAGAGGCAGGCAGAUCUCUGGGUUCAAGGCCAGCCUGGUCUCCAUAGUGAGUUCCAUGCAGCCAGCGCUACACAGUGAGACCCUGUCCUGAAAAGCUAGAGAAACAAAAACAAACCCAUAGAAACAAACAAAAACAUUGGCAGUUCUUUUCUGCUUGUUAGAUCGACUUAUUCAUUGAUUUUUAUUUCUUAUUUUGAGUCAGAGUCUCCUGUAACCCAGACUGGUCUUGAUCUAAUUGCUAAGGAUGACUUUGAACUUCUAAUCUUCCUGUCACCUUCAAAGUGCUGAGAUCACAGGCUUGUGCCAAACGUGAUUCAAUUAGCUUCCUUUAUUCCAGUCUCCUCUUCCUGUCUGUCCUAGGACACUGUGUCACUUAAAAACAUGUUUUCUGCUGAGUACAUGAAAACUUUCCAGCAGUGACAUUUAUCAAGUUAAUUGCUGAUUAAUAUAUGAAUCUCGUUCAGGGUGUUUAUCCUCCUAGGCAUUGCCUUGAAGACUGAAGCUGAGCUGUUUAAAGACAUUGUCUUUUCUUUUGUUUUUGAGCCAGUGUCUCAGGUGGUGUAGCUUGGCUUCAAAUUCACUGUGUAACAGAGGGUGACCUGGACCAUCUUGGUUCUUCUGUGUCCUGAGGCCUAGGGUUGCAGGCUUGCCCGGCGCAUCUGAUCUCUGCGGUGCUGUGGAAGGAGCCACGGCUUCAUGACAGCCACGGAGGCACUCAGCAACAGGACCACAGCCUCUGCCCAGGCUGUUCUUAAACUUGAUCCUCCUGCCUCAGUAUACUAGUAUUUAUAUUAUAGGCCUGUGCUACUAGGCCUAGCUAAAACAUUCUUUUACUUUUUUUUUUCUUUUUCUUUUUCUUUUUUUUUCUUUUUUUCAGAGCUGGGGACCGAACCCAGGGCCUUGCGGUUGCUAGGCAAGCGCUCUACCACUGAGCUAAAUCCCCAACCCCUAAAACAUUCUUAAAUGUUCCUAGAUGUAUAUUUUAUCUUCCAGGUAGGUGUGUGUGUGUGUGUGUGUGUGUGUGUGUGUGUGUGUGUGUGUGUGUGUGUGUGUGUGUCUGUGUGUGUGUGUGUCUGUCUGUCUGUCUCUGUGCUCUGUGUAUGUUUUCAGAUUUGGGAAGACAUAAAGAAAUUGGCUAUGAUUUAUUUAUUUAUUUAUUUAUUUAUUUAUUUAUUUAUUUAUUUAGGUAGCUGGGUCAGGCUCAUCAGUGUUUAACAACCCAGCCUCCCGAAAUAGGUAUCUAGCUGCUUCUAUGCGCUGUUUUCUCCUGGGAGGCAAUUCAAAAUUUUGUCAAUGUUUUCUGGAUUCUGUCUCUUUUCUUGUCCACAGCAUAUUUUUAUCUCAGUUGCCUAAUUUCAUUUUGUCCCUACUACCUCACAUCAGUUGCUUUGCUCAGUGACCUUACUGUCAAACACAGAUGACAUUUUCUUCUUAAAAUAGUGUUUUUCUACAUGUAUGCUUUGCCUGUGUGUAUAUUUGUGCCAGAACAACAUGUGAGGCCAGAAGGGGGUCUCACAUCCCCUGGGACUGGAGUUCCAGAUGGUUGUGAGCCACCAUGUGGGUGCUGGGAAUUGAACCUGGGUUCACUGGAAGAGCAGUCAGUGCUCAUAAUCGCUGACUCACCUCUCCGGUCCCCAGAUGGCACUUUUCAUUCUUUAGUUUCAUUACCAAUCUGCUUCUUUAAGCUGAUGUUGUCCACUCUUCAUUUUGAACAGGGUCUCUUUGUGUAGUUCUGGGUGGCCUGAACAGGGAAAAGACAACACCUUCCCUGUCUCUGCCACCAAGGCCUGGAACUGAAGGCCUGCCCAAGAUUAAUUUUUUAUUUUUAUUUUUUUGGUUCUUUUUUUCGGAGCUGGGGACCGAACCCAGGGCCUUGUGCUUCCUAGGUAAGCGCUCUACCACUGAGCUAAAUCCCCAGCCCCUGAUUAAUUUUUUAUAGACAUUGACCUUUAUGUAGGUGACUGAGGAGGUCAAGAGAGGGCAUCAUAUCCCCUGGGACUGGAGUUACAGACAAUUGUGAGGAUGUUGAGAACUGAACCAAGAUCCUUGCAAGAGUAGCAAGUGCUUUCAAUUUGAGUCCUCUUCCCAGCUUCCUACUUGGAUAUUCUCUGGAAAGGCUUAGAAAACCCUCACUGCCACAGAUGCUAAGACAUUUAGCCAGGUACAGUGGGCUCAUCUGUAAUCUUCACUCUGAGGAGGUGAAGACACAAGGAACUCAAGGCCAGCCUCAGUAGUUCACUAGUUUGAGGGUGGCCUGGGCUGUAUGCGAAGCGACCCUAUCUCAAAAAGGAAAGAGAGCAAGAGGGAGGGGGUUGGGGGGGAACACAGAAAGGACUUAUUUUAGAGGCUUUUGAAGUCAUCUAAUUAUUUUCCUAGAAAAUCAGUGAGAACAAAAUGAAAAGCUAUUAGAACUAGUAACAGUGCGGUUACGUGACAACGUACAGGAAUCACUAAGGAUAGGCUUUGAGGUUUCAAACCCAUGCCAUUUUCCAAUUCAGUGUCUGUCUGUCCCGUCCUCCCUCCCCCUUCUUCCCUCCCUCUCUCUCACUCUCUCCCUCUGCCUCAUGCUUGUGGAUCAGAUGUAAGUUCUUCCAUACAAGUUCUCCACUGCUGCUCCGGCACCAUGCCUGCCUGCCUGCUGCCAUGCUCCCCUCCAUGAUGGUCACAGACUCACCCUCUGAGACCAUAAGCCCCAAUAAACCUUUCCUUCUGUAAGUCACCUUGGCAAAGGUGCCCUGUCAUAGCAGUAGGAAAGUAACUAAGACACACCCAGGGCAUAUGUUUCUUUGGAGGUAAGGGAAUGAUGCGAACUGACUUGUGAUUAGAAAGAAUAUUGUUGGUGAUGUAUGAAAAUGAAUUGUAGAGGAGCUCAAGACUAGAGGCUAGAACUUAACGCCCCUCCCAUACUAAUUCAGAUUAGAGUUGAGUUGAUAAGUUGGAUGCAGUUGCAACAGUAACUUUUAUUUGCCUAAUGUAAUUAUGAUCUUGGAGGCUCACUGCCUCAGUCAGCUAACCUAGGCCUAGUUCUGGAAGCUUCUAGCCCCUGUACAAUCUUACCUAGGCCUAGAAUGUUUCCAGCCUCUGAGACUUCCUGCUGAAUAAGCUCACCCUUUCCAGCUCCUUCUGAACUCUCACUGGCUGUUCACUCAGCUGUCCUGGCUCAGACUCCUCUCCAAGCUUACUGAGUCAAUCUGGCUUCUCUCAGCUUCCCCUGAAUUGCUCUGCUUGGUUUCACACUAACUGGUAGUCUGUUUCUGCUUCCUUCUCAUUCUCUGGUUCUUUCUCUUUUCAUCUACAUCUAUCUUAACUUGCUCCUGCAGCCUGUUUCUCUGUAAGACUGUCCUGGUAAAACUGCCUUCUCUCUGCACCUACCCCCUCUUUUUUUUUUUUUUUUUUUUUUUUUUUUUGGUCCUUUUUUUCGGAGCUGGGGACCGAACCCAGGGCCUUGCGCUUCCUAGGCAAGCGCUCUACCACUGAGCUAAAUCCCCAACCCCCACCUACCCCCUCUUAAGUAGCUUCCCUUCCCUUUCUCUCCUCCUGAGAGUUGAGCAUAUCCUAUUCUGUCAAAUCUUUCUUUGAUUCGUCACUUUGUCAUUCAAUUAGAUUCACUUUCAAACAUGGUACUUCCUUCUACAAACUAACUUUAUCUUCAUUGUGGAUUAAAGACCUGUACAGAGGCCAUGCCACACCACAACUAGACAUAAUUUUUUUCAGUAAUUAGCAUGGUCUUGGGUUCUCAUAUGAUCAAAUAUCCUGCAACAAGGAGUGAAGGUGGAAAAGCUGUAGAGAUGUAGGCAGAGUCUGUGUGUCUUGGGGAUUAAGGUUGAAGGCCUGAUUGUGUCUUGUUAUAGCUGAGGGAGGGUGUGGGGCAAAAGCGGAGUAGUGGCUGGCUUCUAAAUUGUUACAUGGAAUUAAGUGAACAAGCGGCAUUGCUCGUCAUUGAUAGUAAGAAUAACAGAACACUUCUUAUUCACACCAGAUUUAAGAUGCUUGAAAUAGGUAGUAGAAUGGAAAAACCUGGCAUUUCCAGGGAGAAGUAGGGGCUGGAAUUUCAGACUUGGACAUUCUCAGCAUGUGGAUGAAUUUGAAGUUUCAGAAUUAAAUCAGGAGGGCACCUAAGGGUGACUUGAGGCUAGAGCAGAGAAGCUUCAGAAAGGAACAGCUAUUGAGAGAGGUUGAAAUCCAGAAGUUAAAAAACACGUCAGGUGAAGAAGAGCUUCCGAGCUGUGUGGUGGUACUCAUCUGGGAUCCCAGCACUCAGUGGCUGAGGCAGGGAGGUCAUGAACUUAGGCCAGCCUGAAACGUGGACUGGGGAUAGGAAAAUGUCUUUCAGGAAGGUGUAGUAAGCUCUGUUGGAUGCCACUGAGGGUCAGGUAAGAACGGGAAUACUUGAAGGAUUUGCUAACCUGAUGAUUACUGGUUUUUUAUUUUUUUAUUUUUUUGUCUAAAGCUGUUGACAGGAGGAAUGAAAAUGGAAGUCUGAUUGUAGAGGAUUUAGGAGAAAAUGAAACAUGCAUUUAAUUCUUUUUUUCCCCCAAUUUUUCAUAGAAAACAAUGACAUUUUUGUUUAGAAGUCAGUUCUUCUCUUUUUAGAUUUAUCAGUGCUGGGGAUUAAACCCAGAACCUGUGCCAUGCUAGGCAGGCAUUCUAUCAGGGAGUUAGAUCUGUCUCUUCCCGUCCUCCUUCCCUCCCUCUCCCCCUCCCUCUUUACAUGUUUAGUGUUUGCCUGAGUGUGUGUGUGUGCUCUUGUGUGUGGGCACCCCUAUGGAUGGGUGCACAUGCAUUGGUGUUUGUGUGUAUUUAGGCCUGAAGUUAAUGUUGGAUGUGUUCCUUGUUUCCCACCCUCCACCUCCUACCCUGCUCAGCAGGGACUCGCAAUGUAGCUUUAACUGGUUGGAACUACUGUGUACACCAGGCGGGCCUCAGAUUUACCGAGAUCUGUCUGCCUUUGCCUCCUGAGAGCUGGGAUUAAAGACAUAUGUCACUUUCCACUUUAAUUUAAGGAAAAGUCUCUUGUUGAACCUGGAGAUGCCUGGUGUCUGAUGCUGUCCACUAUCCUUGCCCAGAGUUUACGGGAGUUUUUUAGGAUCUGUAUUCUGGCCUCACACUUGCUCCACAAUUGCUUUAUAUACUGAACCAUCUACCCGAUUCUUUCUUCUUUUAGGUAGGAUCUUGUGUAGCCCAGGUUGGCUUUAAACUAUGUGGUUGAGGGAGGCCCUUUACUAAUUCUCCUGCCUGCUGCCUAUUUCCUCAGUGCCAGGAUUACAGGCUAGACUAUCAAGCCAGAGUUCUUUUAACUAACUCUGGCUGUGUACACCAAGUAGCCAGAACUGAUAGUCCUCCUGCCUUAACCUCCUUAAUGCUAGGAUUACAGUUAUGUAACACCUAGUAUAGAUUUUCCUCUCCUUUUGAGACAGAGUCUUACUCUGUAGCUCAGGCAGGUUCAAUUUGCAACAAUCCUCCUGCCUCAGCUCUUGAGUGUGCUGGGAUUACCAGCAUGAGCAAACAUGCCUGACUUUUUUUUUUUUUUAAACUGAUUAUCCUUAUUACCAAAUCCUUACCUAUUUGUAUCCAAAUGGCUAUAUUUUUACUGAAUUAUUAUAAUUUCUCAAUAUUUCAUAUUAGUUUUUAAAAUGAUGUUCUGCUUUCUAAAAAGAUGCUGUCAUUGAGGCUGAUACAAUACAGGUAAUGGGUGAGUGAACCUGACUUUAAGGGUUAGGUUCUGGCCUUGGGAAAGUAGACAGGUUUGACCUUGGCUUUAGUUUUCCCAGCUGUCAAAUAAGGAUAACAAGACCAGUUUAGCUCACAGUGGGUGGUUGUGAGGUAUGACUAUUAAUGAAAAUAAUUGUAAAGCAUUUUUGCAAGUUCAAGUGUGAUAUAAAUGUUAAAUAAUAGUUCUUUAUUGGGAUGUUGUGAAAAUUAGCAACAUGAUGUCUGUUAGAGGCUGAAGUUCCUUUUGAGAAAGGUGAUAUAUUUUUUUAAAAUACUAUUUGGGGAAAAAAUAGUUCAGAAUUUGUGACAUGAUAUUGCUACCCUAAUUUCUAGAAUGUAUCAAUUAAGACACUAUAAUGAAGCAACAUCUUAUUAAAGAUAUUUCCCUAGAGAUUUAUUACAGCAUCACUUUACGGGUUCGUAUUAUAGGAUUUUUUUUGGGGGGGGACUUUAAACUUCAUCAUUAUUUUGUGUGUGUGUGCAUACUCUUAAGUCCACAUGUGGAAGUCAGAGGUCAACUUUGUGGGGUCAGUUCUGUUCAUCUUUUUUUUUUUUUUUUUUUUUGGUUCUCCCCCCCCCCCCCCCCCCCCCCCCCGAGCUGGGGACCGAACCCAGGGCCUUGCGCUUCCUAGGUAAGCGCUCUACCACUGAGCUAAAUCCCCAGCCCCAGUUCUGUUCAUCUUUACAUGGGUUCUGGGGCUUGAACUCAAGGAGGUCAGGCUUGUGAGGCAAGCACCUUUAACCACUGAGCCAUUUUGCCAGCCCCCCCUUUUUUUUUUUUGGUUCUUUUUUUUGGAGCUGGGGACCGAACCCAGGGCCUUGCGCUUCCUAGGCAAGCGCUCUACCACUGAGCUAUAAAUCCCCAACCCGCCAGCCCCUUUUAUAUGAUUUUGAUCCUCUUGGUUUUUGGUUCAUGAAGAAGGAUGAAUGGCACUCUGUGAUAUCUAUAAUAGUGUAGAGUGUACACUAAAAUGUUUGGGGAGUUUUACUAUCUAUAUUUAAAGCUUCAUAGCCAAUCAGUAAAAACACUAAAAACGGGGCUGGGGAUUUAGCUCAGUGGUAGAGCGCUUACCUAGGAAGCACAAGGCCCUGGGUUCGGUCCCCAGCUCCGAAAAAAAGAACCAAAAAAAAAAAAAAAAAACUAAAAACAUUAAAAAAAAAAAAACACUUUGAUUGUAGUGAACACUAUAUAAAUACUUGAGUGCAGUUAAGCAAUAGUUCUCAGCCUGGGGGUCCCAACCCCUUUGACAGACCUCUCUCCAAAAAUGUGUACAUCAGUACUCAUGACAGUUGAAAAAUUACAGUUACGAAGUUUCAGCAAAACGAUUUUAUGGCUGGGGGUCACCAUAACAUGAGGAGGAACUGUCCUAAAGGGUUGCAGCAUCAGGAAGCUUGAGAACCGCUGAGUCAGGUGAGGGUUUCAGUUAGGAUUUGAAGAAGGGCAUGAUACCAUUAUAGGCAAAAUUUUAGCACUGUAUUCCGCACCAAGUCUAAAGGUAGAAUCAGUGCCAUGGUUAUCUGUCAUGUACUUGGGACAUGCUUGACUUUGAAUCUCUUGGACAUUUUCUUAGCUUCUAAAGUGACAUUAGCUAUAGGGGAAAAUUGGGAUGUAGUCUAGACCUGAUACAAGGGGAAGUGAACUUUUUAUUUAGUGAAAUUGCUAACAGGCUCAGAACUUCUUCUUGCUUAGAGUUCUGUUGGGAUUCUGUAUAUUGUCUACAAUCUAAGGGCCUGUCUAUUUCUAAUCUCAGAGAAAAGUGACUUGAAGAUACUGAUUUUCUAUAGGUUGGAAUUGAAUCUCUGAACCUUCUCAAUCUAUAUUUCCCUUUUGCUCUAUUAUAUCUCCUUGUUUUCUUCAUCUUUAAUACAGGGUCUCAUGUAACUUAUGUUGGUCCUGAUUCUUUUUCCAAGUGUGAGGAUUACUUGAUGUAUUAACCUACUGGGUCUCCGUUACCUCUUAUAACAAGGACAAAUAAAAGCUUAAGGUGUUUUCCCCCCUUUUCUGAUGUUCCCAUCUUUCUUUUACUGUACACAAGCUCUAUUUGAGUGGUAGGUGUGUGUGUAUUGUGUGCACGUGCACUUGGUGACUAGACAAGGAUAUCCUGGCCUAGCCUGGUGACACAAAACAAACCCUUGAACUACUUGGGAAACUAAGGCAGGAAGAUCCCAACUUUAAGGUCUGACUUGGCUAAGGUGAAUAGAAGGCUAGCCGGGUGUCUAAAAAUGGAAGGUUAACAGAAGAGCACACAGCUCAGGAUAGAGUGUGUGUCUAGCAUACAGGAAGCCCUACAGCAAUCUGUCACGUACACAUGCUUGCUUUCCUUUUUAGACUUAUCAUUUUGUCUUACGUGUAUGAGUGUUUUGCCUGCAUAUAUUUAUGUGUCUGGUGCUCACAGAGACCAGAAGAGGAUGUUGGAUCUUCAGACAGGGGAAAUUCAGAUUGUUGAAUGACAUUGUUGGUGCUGGGAACCAAACUCAGGUCUUUUGAAAAAAAUAGCCUUCUCUUUACCACUGAGCCCUCUCUCUAGGUGUGCCACCUACCGCGUGUUGGCUGGUUUUGGCUGGUCUCAGACUCCCUUUGGAGUCUAAGAUGACCUUGAACUUCAGAUUCUCCUGUUUCCAAGUGCUGGUGAUACAGGCCUGUGGCUUGGGACUCGGCCUUUGACCUUAUGUAUUUCUCCCACGACUUAAUAGUUCAUGCUCCGAUUUCUUUCUCCUUUACUUUUAUUCUUUUUCUUACUGGCAUGUAAAAAUUCCUUGUAUUUUGUUGGCAUCAACUCUUCUUAAUAAGCAUUGCAAAUACCCUUUUAGGCUAUGAAUAGGAAGUGAGAAGGCAGCCUCUUGCAGCAAAUGCUAAUUCAACAUGGUGUUUGGUUAAAUUAGUUGCUUGCCCUUGGUUAUUGGAGCAAUGGUAAGCUCCUUUUGUUUCUCCUCUUUCAGAGACACAUAGAACAGCUCCUUCUGUCUGAAAUAAAGUUUGGCUCUGUGUUGGUUAUAAUUUGCUUUUUCUGGCUGGCACAGCCUUCUUUUUGUUUUCUGUCUUCUGACAGAUUAUAGGAUUGUGGGGAAACAGCGUCCAGGGCUUUUUCAGGAACUGUGCCAUUUUAUCUACAGGAGAAGCCAUUGGCUUUGGCACUAAAGAAAAUUGGCUCUGUAUUUAAAGAUGCCAAAUCAUGCUUGAUCCGCAAGCUUGCUGUCUCAUUUUGUGUAUGUGUGUGAAACUUUUUCAAGAUGUUGGCUUUUUUUUCUUUUUCCACCAUGUGCUACCCCAUCAGUAUGAGGAAUUAACUAACAGCUUAUCCCUUCAGCAGCCCACCCCAACAAACAGAGCCCAAGCAUCCUAAACCACAGAGGUAGGGGACCUUAUGAAGAUUAGGGAAGUGUGUACCACAGUGUCCCUUUUGAAUACCUUAUCCGUCUUCCAGCUUUUGUUUUUUCCAGGUUUAUCAGCUGAUGACUUCUCCAUGGAGUCCUGAAUUAUUUAGUUGUGGAAAUGGUUUGCCAGCCAAGGUGUCCUUCUGGUUUAUUUGCUCUUUUGUUGAUUUUGAGAUAGGGUUUCACUUUGCCUCUGGUGCUGGCCUGGAACUCAACACUGCAACCCAGGCUUUCCUUGAACUCAAAUAACUCAAUUGAGGAAUAGAGGCUUAAGCCACCAUGCUCCAUUCUCUCCUCUAAGAGCUCUCUCAACAUAGAUUAGUCUGUUCCAGGUCUCUCAGCCUAGGCUGGCCUCCAACUUCUGAUCCUCUUGCCUCUACUACUAUGCCUGCUUGUUAUGGGGACUGAACCUAAUCCUUAAUGCAUGCUAGGCAACCAGUCCACCAACCAAGCUAUAUCCCCCCAGCACACCCCCUCUUUGUUUUUGUUAAAGGAACCCCAGAUAUUGCUCUACCACUACCCAAGAAACAAUACCAUAACCGUUUUUAGCAUAUUCCAUCCCAGCCACAGUGUUCCCUUAGCACUAUCGUUAGCCAUUUAGGUUUGGAUAUAGAGGUCCAGUCAAUGCAGCCAGUGUUACUGUUUUAACAACAUCGGGUAUGUACUUUUUUUUUUUUUUUUCUUUUUUCUUUUUUUCGGAGCUGGGGACCGAACCCAGGGCCUUGCGCUUGCUAGGCUAGCGCUUUACCGCUGAGCUAAAUCCCCCACCCCGGGUAUGUACUUUUAAGGAGACCUGAUUCGUCUGUAUCUUAAUUAUACUGAAAUCUGAUAAUGAAGUGGUCAUUUAAGGAUUAUUGGAUGUAGAUGUCUUUGAUGUGAUACAGGUUGAAGCCAACUUUGUGAUCUUUGUAGGUUUCCUUUUAUUUAUUUUUGCGGAAGAUUUGGUGUGUUCCCUUCUUCCUCCCCACCUCCACCAACUUCCAGAUACAUACUUUCUCACUUCUCUCCUUCCCCCCAGUUUCUCUCAGGGAAAGCAGGAUUUCCAACAGGUAGAAUUGUAGUUAAUUAAUACCUAAAUCUUUCCAUCGUUCUGACAGAAUUCAGUUGAUUAGUCUGAGAAAAGGAAGGUAAAGCAGAGAGGCCUGGAGAGCAUCCUUUUUGUGGUUGGGUGUCUUCCGGUGGUUACUCGGUUUGGAAGUCUGAAGCGUUCUGGCAGGAAACACUCGAGGGCUGGUCACUUUUAGUACCAGGACCAGAGUGGGUGGAGGAGCAGGGAAAGCAGCGGGCCAGGCAUCACCUGGCCUGGCCGCUAGAAGCUUGGCUCUCAGCUUCCCUUUGGGCACCAGGAGAGACGGGGGGGCAGCGGUAACAAAGAGGAGCCGUGCCGGGGCCGGGGCCGCGGGUAGCUGGCCUAUCCCCGGCGGCUGACCUCCCAGUGGGCCUCCCCAGUUGGCUGUAUGGCAAGUCGCUCUGCUAGUUCCUUGGCUCACGAUUGGCUGUGUAGACAGGAGGGCGCUUGCAAAGAGCAGGGAUGGAGUUGAGGGGGCGGGGCUGGCUUCCGGCGGCGGAGGGGAGCGAGCCGGAGCCGGCUGGGGGAGGGGGUGUCGGCGCACCACGGAGUGCAGUGCUCUCGGUGAGCCUGGCACCCGGAGUAGCCGUCUCCCCCUCCCCCUGCCUGAGCCUCUAGAAGCCCUCUCUCUUCUGUCUUCCCUGGACUGGGACAAGCAGGGCUGCACUGUCCCAGGCCGGCGGGCGGAGCCCGGAGCCCCACUGAGCGCUGCAGAGCCAACCUCACCUCCUGCCGGGGGCGCAAGUGUGAGCCACUGCCUCAGGUGCUGAUGCUGCUCUGCCAUGCUAGCCUGUCUACCAGGGCCAGGUGACCUGUCCUUUCAGCUUCUUUCUCACACGCAGAUGAACGCUGGACUUCAGAAAUGGGACACUACACAGAAAAUGAGAACUGCUCACUAUCCCACCCCAGCCGAAUUGGACGCGUAUGCUAAGAAGGUCGCAAACAACCCACUGACUAUAAAAAUCUUCCCCAACAGUGUGAAGGUUCCCCAGCGGAAACACGUUCGUCGUACUGUGAACGGCCUCGACACAUCAGCCCAGCGCUACAGCCCCUACCCGACUCAGGCUGCCACCAAGGCAGGCCUGCUUGCCAUUGUCAAAGUGCCAGCCAAAAGCAUACUCAAGGACUUUGACGGCACCCGAGCUCGGGUACUCCCUGAGGCCAUCAUGAACCCCCCAGUGGCACCCUAUGCUACUGUGGCACCCAGCACUUUAGCCCACCCACAGGCCCAGGCUCUGGCCCGCCAGCAGGCCCUGCAGCAUGCACAGACCCUGGCCCAUGCCCCUCCCCAGACACUGCAACACCCUCAGGGUAUACCACCACCACAGGCACUGUCUCACCCUCAGAGCCUCCAGCAGCCUCAGGGCCUGGGCCACCCUCAGCCGAUGGCCCAAACCCAGGGCUUAGUCCACCCUCAGGCCCUGACUCACCAGGGUCUCCAGCACCCCCCUAAUCCUUUGCUGCAUGGAGGCCGGAAGAUGCCAGACUCAGAUGCACCCCCGAAUGUGACCGUGUCUACCUCAACUAUCCCCCUUUCAAUGGCGGCCACCCUGCAGCACAGCCAGCCCCCGGACCUGAGCAGCAUCGUGCACCAGAUCAACCAGUUUUGCCAGACGAGGGCAGGCAUCAGCACUACCUCAGUGUGUGAGGGCCAGAUCGCCAAUCCCAGCCCUAUUAGUCGCAGUCUGCUCAUCAAUGCAAGCACCCGGGUGUCGACCCACAGUGUCCCCACACCAAUGCCUUCAUGUGUGGUCAAUCCCAUGGAGCACACCCAUGCGGCCACAGCCGCUCUGCCUGCUGCAGGUCCUGUCAACCUGCCCACAGGCAUCUCUCGAGCCCCCACUGGCUACCCUAGCGACCUCAAGCCAGUUACCUGGAACCAGCACCAGCUGGCCCACCUACAACAGAUGUGCAGCGAGGCCGGAGGGACACCAGCCCCUGGCCUGACAGGCAAACAUACAGCAGGACGUGAGUUGGCAGGGCCUGGUUUUGUGGGCAAGGCCCCUGCCUACCCGCAGGAACUCUGCCUGGCACAGUCCUUCCAUCUGAAGCCACCCCUGGAGAAGCCAACCCCAUCCCCACCAGUCAACGGCCUACCAGCCCCACUGGCCUACCCCAAUGGUCACUACUUCCAACCCCUGUGGAACAACAUUCUACCAACUCCCAAUAGCGACAGCUCGGGGUCUCAGGACCUCGCCAUGCCGUUCCAUGGUGGGCAGCCCACAGGUGCACCCCUCGACUGUGGGGCAGCUCCUGGGGCCCACUACCGAGCAGGGACUGGGGGUGGUCCAGUGGCAAGCCAGAACAGCCUGAUGCAGACGGUGGAUUACCUGAGUGGGGAUUUCCAGCAGGCCUGCUUCCGAGAACAGAGCCUGGCCAUGCUGAGCAAGGCCCACCGAGCUCCUGGUGCCCGAGCCCCGGAGCCCACAGAUAGUCGAAGUCUUCAUAUUCAGCACCCAGGGUACAGAUAGGGAGCCGUGACGCUCUCCUCAGGCAACAUCACACAUUGCCCUUCUAGGUUUAGUCUUACUUUUAAGUAACUGGAUAGUUUCAAAGCUUCACUGCUCCAGUGUGAUCAUCCUGAGAUGUCUAAGGAAGGGAACUUGGCCGGGUCAAUUUGGGGGCAGAAGAAGGUCCUUUAUCUUUCCCUCAAGCAACUCUUGGUUUUCUAUUAGAACCUAACCCUGUCUUCUCAGCAUCUGCCUGUCAGGCAGUCUCCACCCUGACCACUUCUGACCCUUGCCAUCUUUUGCAGAACUUCUAUGUCUUUUGGGACCGAGUUAUGACUGAGGGGAGUGGCCUACGCCCUUAAGUUAGGCUUCUUGGUCUGGGACUAAGAAACCAGACUUUCUAAGUGCUCUGGAAGCUAAUUCCUUAUUCCCCCAAAGAUGUCAAAUCAAAAUAAACACAAUCCCCCAUCUCCCAGCUGCUCCCACCCCUCAAGGCUUGGUGUUUCAUCUCUGUUGCUCCCAAGCCACUGCACUCGUCCUUGCCAAAGCCUUGCAACUCAGAGAAAACCAUUGCAUUGGCAUCUUGGUUCUCGACUGCUUCCAGAGAAAUGCAGUGGCCAUCUGGCACUCCCAGGGCCUCCCGUCACCGUUGCCUCUCUCCAAACUCAACUACUGUCCUCAUCCCUGCCUCCCCUCCCUCUUAAGAAAAACAAAACAAAAACUACCUUACUUGAAGAAUUAGUUAUAGGUAAAGGAUGAUCACAUUAGAGUUUGGAAUUAAAAACACCAAAAAAGUUUGAAAAAAAGUUUAAAAAUGCAUUUGGUUCUCUACACUGGCUAAGAAUUGUUGGUCCACACUGUAAGUUUUAAUGCCAUGUUUCUGUAUGAAUGAGUGGGUUUGAGGAGCAUUGUGUAUGAGUGCCCCACAGUACAGUCACCCUCAGAGUUUUGCAGCCCUUCAGUUUAAUGAAGAACAAAAGGAAAACACAAAGCCUUAAGCCCUUUCAAUUCCUCCUCCACCAAAUGUGCGUGGUUCUGACCGCUGCAGAGGGGCUGCCAUUGGGAAUGGCCCCUCUUGCCCCUCACCCAUUCAAGAGCACCUUCCACCUGUUCCAGGACCGAUGUGUCUCAUUCCCAAGUGACAGUUAGUGUCUAGAAAUCCAACACUUCUCUGUAACGUUAGACCGUUUUGUUGUAAAUUUUUGCACCUGUCUUCUGUUGCACAGUUGGGCUUUGAAAGUAAUAGUAAUAAGCCCUCGCCUUUCCUCUUUGGGGAAUAUGAGCUGAUAACUGAAGGUUUGGAGUUUAUUCUCACUGUUCCUUAGCCAGAAAUUCUGUAGUGAUCUGAAGCAAUGUGACUGAAGACCAGUUUUUAAAUUAUGUGUUGGCACGUUGCCUUAUAUUUAAAAGAAGGAAAAAAAAGGAAAAAUGCCUGAGUGUGUUAUGCCAAAUGAUAGCAACAUGAAGUCCUAAUUUAUUGUUUCCUUGCUGUCCGAACACUGGUAUUACUGUCCGUCCCCAAGCCCCUCCACUUCCGGUGCAAUGCCUCCUCCAAGGUGUUGGCCACCUCACCCAGGGCCCCUCCACUAGCCACUUAUUUAAAGAGUUCCACUUUCUCCUUUGACCUCCAACCUGACCUUGUAACCCCAAAUUCUCCCUGAUAAGGGGCUGCCACUGUAGGAAACAGGACCAAACACCAACGUGGGGGCUUUCACACCUCACCCCAUCUAGUCUGCAUGGAAAGUGUACUGUGACUCCCUUGCCCUACAAAUGACUGCCCCCAAUUUUGGUGUAAGAUGUUUUCUGUUCUGAUUGCCCCCACCCCAGCCAAUCCCCAACCAGCAAUAAGGGUCCAAACCAGGGCCUCAUCUCUACAUUCCUUGCCUCCAAAAUUCCAUGCCACCCCAAAGGAAAGCCUGGACUCCCCAACUCUCCACAUACUGCAGCACCUGGUCUCCAUCUCUUCACCUCACCUGUGGUGGUUUAUGGGCAUGGUGGAUUUUUUUUUAAGAUUAUUAUAAAGCAGUAAAACAAAAAACCUCA